UUGCCACUGCAAACCUGAUUUCGAAGGACCCAACUGUGAGACUUGCCAAAUGUGGAGGUAUGGAGGAGAUUGUAGCUUGGACUGUCAAUGCGUACAGUCCAACUCAUUGUCUUGUGAUCCUGAUAACGGAAAUUGCCACUGCAAACCUGGUUUCGAAGGACCCAACUGUGAGACUUGCCAAAUGUGGAGGCAUGGAGGAGAUUGUAGCUUGGACUGUCAAUGCGUACAGUCCAACUCAUUGUCUUGUGAUCCUGAUAACGGAAAGUGCCACUGCAAACCUGGUUUGGAAGGACCCAACUGUGAGUCUUGCCAAAUGUGGAGGUAUGGAGGAGAUUGUAGCUUGGACUGUCAAUGCGUACAGUCCAACUCAAUGUCUUGUGAUCCUGAUAACGGAAAUUGCCACUGCAAACCUGGUUUCGAAGGACCCAACUGUGAGACUUGCCAAAUGUGGAGGUAUGGAGGAGAUUGUAGCUUGGACUGUCAAUGCGUACAGUCCAACUCAUUGUCUUGUGAUCCUGAUAACGGAAAUUGUCACUGCAAACCUGGUUUCGAAGGACCCAGCUGUGAAACUUGCCAAAUGUGGAGGUAUGGAGGAUAUUGUAGCUUGGACUGUCAAUGCGUACAGUCCAACUCAUUGUCUUGUGAUCCUGAUAACGGAAAUUGCCACUGCAAACCUGGUUUCGAAGGAACCAAUUGUGACCAGACGUGUCCAACUUGGACGUACGGAGAUGGCUGUAUCUCGGACUGUCAAUGCGUACAAGCAAACUCCUUGUUUUGCAACAUUGUCAAUGGAAAUUGUGAUUGCAAUGCUGGGUUUUACGGAGAUUUUUGCGAUCAGAUUUGCCCACUUUGGUCACAUGGUAAAGACUGUAAUUCUCAUUGUCAGUGUGUGCAAAGCAACUCACAGACAUGUGAUCACGUUUCUGGUGAAUGCAUUUGCAAGAGUGGAUACUGGGGACUAGAUUGUUCAAAAAAAUGUGUACCAGGCGGUGGAUUUUGGGGAGUUAAUUGCGCUCAAAGUUGCCCGGAUUGUCAGAAUGGUGCAGUUUGCAGCAUUUUCACCGGACAAUGCGAAUGCCAUCCGGGUUAUUCUGGCGAGUUCUGCGAAGCCCCAUGCCGUAUUGGCUUUUGGGGUGAGAACUGCGCCCAUGAAUGUCACUGUGAAAAUGGUGCGGAAUGUAAUAGAUUUGAUGGUACUUGUGUCUGUACGCCAGGUUUCCAAGGAGGUUUUUGUGAAGAAAUUUGUGAAAAUUGGACUUACGGUGAUUCAUGUGAUCAUGAAUGUGAUUGCAACCAAACGAAUUCUCUUCAAUGCCAGCAUGAUAACGGCGUGUGCGUAUGUAAGAACUUCUGGACUGGCGAGAAAUGCGAAAAAUGGACGUGCCCAGAAGGAAAAUAUGGAACACUGUGUGAACAAAAUUGCACAUGCGUCAACAAUGGGAUAUGCGAUUCAAGGACUGGAAGUUGUAAUUGUCAGCAUGGAUUCGAAGGCGACAUUUGCGACAAAGAAACAUCUGAAGAUGAACAGUUGAUGAUGGUUAUUGUGGCAUCGGCAGUGUUCUUGGGUGUUUGUUUGCUUAUAUGCAGCCUUUCGCUGUGCUGCUGCUUUUGUUGUCGGAGAUCCAAACCAAAGUCACCUGAACAGAAAAACAAACAACAACCUGAGAUCUCAAACGUGAUCGCUGAUAACGAUAAGAAUGGCUUCAAUGAAACUGAAUCCAAUGAAAAAAGUGUCGGGAAAAAAGGAACAAGAGCUGAGAGUACAAUCUAUUCGGAGCCGAUGCCGUACGAUCUCAUCGACAACUACGUGGAGCCCAAAGUAUAAUUCAUCCGUUUUCAAUUGUUAAGUUCACUUUCCGUCGUGAAGAAAAGAAUGCUCGUUUUACUCGACUAUUUUAAUAUCUGAAAUUUCCUCUUGUUUUAACUUCUACAAAUUUUUGAAAAACAAAUCCAAAAAAAUAGAAGAGGACUCUUCAGAUAUCAUCGUACAUUGUUUUCAACCUGUCUUAUUGAACAAUUUCUUUAAAAUUUCUUUUUUGUUACAUUACGGUAACAAAUGGAAUACUUCUAGAUUGUUUCCAGCGUGUUUUGAUUGUUUUUAGACUUUUUUCAUUGAACUACUUAAUGAUUUUGUCAAAACAAGUAUCACCUGGAAAAAAUUAGCAAAGUGAAAGAUAACAAUUAUGCGUCAAAAUUGCCUAUCUAAAACCCAAGUAACAAUUGUGAUUAUUACCAUAAUUUAUGGGGGUAUAACCGAAAACCCCCAUUUGUCUAUUUAUACAUAUAUCAUUUAGCUCACCGAAAUAUUUUGUGUAAUAAAAUACAAUUCAUGAAAUUUUUAGCUAAAUUUUGGCGGCAAGUCAUUUAAGUCUAUUGUUUAAAUAAAUUUCUUUAUUGUUGAUUAUUGUUAU